AGUGAUUACAUUAUAUCAGGUUUAUAAACGUAGUUGCACAGAAAUGUGAAUGUUUUUAAAUGAUUUUAUUUGACAGCGUUAGGAGUUUUAGGAUUAGUAACAUUUGCCUCUGGUGUCCCGCAGGGAAGGAGAAACAUUUAUUUUAGAUUCCCUUUCAAUAAGUUAACAAAUACUCCCUGGUCUUUACUGUCACAAAUGUCCAUUUAAAAUGUCAUAUCCACAUUUAAAGAUCCUGAAAACGGAUUGAAAAUAGAUUUAUUCCCUGCAUUUAUGUCUGUUUGUGUAAAGUUGGGAUGAAUUUCAUGAAAACCCUUCAGACCAACACACAGACAUCAGAACAGAUGAUUUUAUUACCGUGUAAUAGUUCAAAUCGUUUGCUUCUUACUGGAAGUCUGUUUUCAUCUUAGACGGGAUGGAAACGGAGGAAACCCUUUGGCCUGUUUGGCUUGUGAUGCAUUUCUGUCCUAAAGCUGAAACCUUCAGAUAUCACAACCAUCAGGAACCUUCUGGGAGACGUUCAGUUGCACCACAGGAGCUGACCAGUCAGUGAGGCAGUUUAAAGUUUCUUCAUUUCUGGGUAUUUUAUAAAAACUCCUCAGGCUGAAAACUCUAAAUGAUUCUGGUUCAGCAGCAGAGCCUUCACCGUGCGGUCGGGAAAAUUCAAACUUCACAACCGUCGUCAUCUUGGGAGACUUUUCUGGACUUCCAUAUAAAUACUGAAGUGUUCAUGAAAUGUGCCGUUCAGCCAUCUUUGUUUCUGGGGACAGAAGGAAGCAUUGCUGCUGUUUGACGAAGAUCUUCUGCUUUAGCUCCAGCUCUUCCCUUUGUCCUUGAAAAAACACGUCCAGCUGUCUCUGGGGACAGGAGUGUCCCACUGAAGACGGGCUUGUUGUCUUACGUGGAGGUUCUGGAUCGGUAAACGGACCGAACACCAGAGUCGCCGGUUCAGUGGGCAGCGUGGGAAGUGCUUUGCCUCGGGACGCAUUGACAAGUGACAGGAAGCUGGAAUCGAACCCACAACUUUCUGAUUACAAGAUGGCUACCCACUGGAGCCACAGAACCCGGACGAUCAGAACCCAAACUGGUUCUGGAGGUAAGAGUGACUUUGGGUCGUCAGGCUGCGGAGAACCGGACCGAAGCUUGGUUGGUCCUCUCAUGCUUCAUCAGAUCUUGGCCACGCUUUGCCUCCCUCCCUUCCCAGAAUGCACCUGUGAUGGGUGGAGCUUCCUGCUGUCAGCGUUCAGGUUUUCCUUCCUGUGUUUCAGGAGGAGCAGGAAGUGUUUUGGUUCUGUCUGCAGGCGUCCGCCAUGUUCCCGUUCCGUCAGCCGUCUGACUCGGACCUGCGGCCCGACCCUCGGCGCUACGGCUCUGGAGCGGAGCGGGACUUUUUCCGCCCCACGCAGGAGUCUUUGUUGCCGGGCCCCGCCCCCCAGGACGGCGUCCUGAGCCUGCUGAGCAGCUGCGGCCUGGAGCCGGAGGACCUGUCGGUGCUGGCCAAGCUUCCUGAGGACAUCCUGACCGUCGAGUCUCUUCCUCAGAUCCUCAAGCAGAUCAAAGGCCAGAAGGCUCCGCCCCCCGGCGGCCCCCCCCGGCAGGAGGAGCCGUUCCACCUGGGGACCACCAAGCCUUUACCUGCCAGGCCCCCCUCUCCGCCGCCCCCCUCCUCCUCAUACAAGGCCUUUAGCCCCGCCCCCAGAGACUGGGAGCAGCUCCGCCGCCAGCCGGUCCAGUACCCGCUGCACCUGCUCUCCUCCUUGCCCCGGCCGGACCGCUGGCCGGGCCAGCGGGCCUCCGGGUCGGGCAGGUCCCCCCCGCCACCGUCCUCUAAAUCCACCAGGCGGGCCGUGGACCAGGACCUCAGGCCACGCCCCCCCGUCUACGGUAAGGACGGUUCCUCUUUCGGUGGGUCAGCGGGCAGAACCCGUCCUUCCCGUUUCUCCGGAUCAGGCAAUUUCAGGACGGCUCCUCCUCUUGAUGAGCGCCGCCGCGACUCCAGGCCGUCCUUCAGCAGCCACGUCCCGGACCGGGCCCGCCACCCGGCACCGACCCGGGCCCUGAACCGGGCCCGUGACACGGCCUCCGGCGCCAUGCCCUCUAAGAAACAAGCUCUGGACUUCCACGGAACGUCGCCGCCGGCGUUCCCGUACUCGUGCUCGCUGUGUGACAUCGCCGUUCUGUCAGAGAAGGUUUGGAUUCAGCACGUCAACACGACUGGACACGCAGAUGGGCAGCUCAACCUGCUGCAGCGGUUUCCACGCUGGGACUGUCACCUGGAAAGCGCUGGAAGGGACGAGAACCAAUCAAACCAAAGGAAAGAUGGAGCAAAUCCCGCCCCGCCGCCCCCCAGACCCAAUCAGAACCGAGCAGAUCCACAGACGCCCAAGAAGCAGCAGAAGGCGUCGGAUAAAGGGAAGGUGGUGUGUGCCAAGUUCCCUCCUCAGGCUGAGGACGAGGCGUCUCUGAGGAAACUCAUCGAGCCGUUUGGAAAGGUCGGAAAAAUCCUCAUGUUUCCGUCUCUGGCCUUCGUGGAAAUGGGCUCCUCCGAUCAGGCCAAGGACCUGGUGAAGUUCUACAGCAGUUCUGACCCAGAAGCCAGGAAGGUGAAAGUGGAGUUCAACAUCUCCAACGCCUUCAGCUUCCUACAGAGUUCCCAGGUGGUGAGCUUCACUCCGGCGCCGAGCGGCGAGGACGGCCGGUCCGAUCUGCUCAGCAUCGCCAAGCGCUUCGGGGAGCCGCUCUACACGCUCUUCCUGCCCUCCAAGGCCUUCGUGGAGAUGAAGCUGUCGGCUGAGGCCCAGAAGCUGGUGGACUACUACUCGGCCAGCGCGCUGCGGAUCAACGGCGCCACCAUCCAGGUGGCCUUCUCCUCCGAGUACCGGACCCUGCUUCGGGUUCCGUCGGCCCAGAAGUACGAAGACGAGUCGGCCAAGACCAAGGAGCCCAACAGAACCCGACGGGCCAGGACCCGGUCCAGGUCCAGAGACCGGUCCGGGGGAGGGCGGCGGAGACGGAGCGGUUCUGGAGACAGGAAGAGACCAGAGACCAGAACCAGAACCCGGUCCAGGUCCAGAGAACGGCACGAAACCAGUUUCCCCGGGCAGAACCAGAACCAGAUGGAGGGGAAGCCCAAAGAACCACAGAACUCAGGAUCAGGUUCUGACCGGUUCUGGUCCUCCGGUCCGGUCCAGUCGGAGCGUCAUGCUGCGACUCUCUGCCCAGAGUCCAGAUCAGCUGCUGAACCUCAGAGGGAUGAAGGUGGUGAUGAUGAUGAUGAAGUCCAUCCAGCGGCUGAGGAAGAGGAGGACCAGCUGGGGGAUGAAGAUCAGUCUGACAGCGACAUCGAGGGCAUGGAGGUCAUCGCCGAGGACGGACAGAACCUGGACGAGGACGAGGAGGACGAGGACGACGACGAAGAGCAGAAACCAGAACCACCUGGAGCAGAUGGAGGAGAGCUGGAGAAGACCGGAGCUGAGGAAGAGGAGGAGAUGAUGAAGGAGGAGGAAGAGGAGCAGCAGAAACCUGCAACUGAGGAAGAGGAGGAAGUAGAAUUCCCGGAGGAUCUGGAAAGCUGCAUCACUCUGGAUGAGGUGAAGACGGACGAUGAAGAUGAAGCUCCGCCUGCUGACGAGGAGGACGGGAAGACGGGUUCUACAGAACCCGGUCCGGAGCCGACUGGACCGACUCCAGACGCUGAAGGUUCUGGUUCCGACUCCAGAACCCAGGAGGAACCAGAACCGACGAGGUCCACUGAGACUCUGGAGCCAGAACCAGACAGAACCGAACCGGAGAGCCAGACGCGAUUCCAGAAGGUUCUGGAAACCCAGCGGGCCAAGACGCCUCGGAUGAAGACCCGGUCCAGGAAGUCAUCUGGAGACGACGGUACCAGAACCGGUUCCGACGAGGAACUCGAUCAAACAAAGACCGCCUCCAGAACCGCUCCAGAACCCGGUCCUGAAAAACGGAAAGCAACUCCUGAGAACAACGGCGUUCCUCUGAAGACGCUCAGGACGGAGACCGGACCAGAACCGGGUCAGAACCAGGAGGAACCAGAGGCUGACGAAGAGAAAAAGCAGCAAAUAAAGACAGACGAGCAGAACCCAGCAGAACCAGAACCACUUGAACAGGGCGCCACGGAGCCGCCAGCAGAGGGCGCCACGGAGCCGCAGAAACCUGUCGGAGCAGAGUUCGUUCGUCCCGUCGUCGGUUACUUCUGCAACCUGUGUCAGCUGAUCUUCAUCGAUGAAGACGAAGCCAAGCUGCAGCACUGCGCCACGCCGGCCCACUACAGGAAAUACCAGGAGAAAACUGGCAAAGAUCCGUGGACGAGCUGAAUUACGGGUCAGAACCGGGUCAGAACCGCUCGCUUCCUGCUGCUGUAAAUGUUAAAGUUUGAAAUAAAGCACGUUUGAUUCUGAGGAACCAA